AUGGCGAAAACGAAACCUACCGAUCGCAAGGCAAAGAAGAGCGCAAAGAGCGGUGCAGUAAAAGAGUCGAAAAAACCAAAGGCGUCACCGGAAGAACUUUUGAUUCAAGCCGCUACCUUUCUACAAACAUCACAACCCGAAGAAGCGCUGGUCGCCGCACGAAGAGCCCUCAACCUACUCCAGCCCGGCACGUCGAAACCCACUGCUGCAGUGCUACCUGCACUGAACCUCCUCGGCGAGAUCAAUGUCGAACUGGGCGAUCCAGACUCUGCGCGCGAGGCCUUCCAAGCAGCGAUUGUAAUCGACCCAGAAGGCGCGAACGAUGGCGCUGAGAAAUUCCUAUGGCUAGCACAAUUAAACGAGGAGGGAGGCGCUGAGAGUGUGCGGUGGUUCGAGAAGGGCAUUGAAGUGCUGAAGAGGGAGAUCAGCGAGCUGGAAGGCAAACGGGUGAAGAAGGACGAAGUCGAGGAGCUGCUAGAAGAGAAAAGGCAAAAGAUAGCGAACUCGCUCUGUGGUAUUGCUGAAGUCUACAUGACGGAUCUGUCCUGGGAAGAAGAUGCCGAGGCGCGAUGCAACGCUGCCGUUACUGAAGCACUACUUUUCGCACCCGAAAACCCAGAACCCUUACAAACGCUCGCAUCAAUACGCAUCUCGCAGCUCAAGCCCGACGAAGCCAAAUCCGCACUGACACGGAGCAUGGAUCUUUGGAAAGACCUCGACCCAGACAAUCCCAAGGUCCCAGACUAUUCGACUCGCAUCAGUCUGUCACGCCUGCUCAUGGAAGCUGAGAUGGAAGACGAGGCGAUUGAAGUGUUGGAGCGGUUAGUGGGCGAGAAUGACGGCAGUGUCGAUGCUUGGUAUCUGGGCGGUUGGUGCCUGCACCUGCUGGCGGGAAAGCAAAAGACCGAAGGAGAGGAGAAGGUUGCGACAUCACUACUGCGUGCCAGUCGCGAUUGGCUGGAGAACUGCCUCAAGCUCUACAACAUGCUAGAGUGGGAGGACGAGCGUCUGAAGGAGCACGCUGAUGAGAUAUUGAAGGAGCUCAACGACGUACUCGGCCCCUCUACCGGCGAGGAAGAUGAGGACUGGGAAGACGCGGAUGAGGAGAUGGAUGAUGAUGACGAUGACGACAAUGAGAAGAUGGACGGCACUACCACUGAACCACCACGGCUCGACACCUCGCACCCCAUCCGCCGCGCUUUCCAGGCCCACGGCACCGCCACCGCCCGCCAUUGGCUGCUCUCCAUUGUCCUGACCAUCACCAUCUCCGUCCUCCUCUGCUACCAGGCCGUCUUCCAGGCCGACAGCUCGGCCGCCGCUGCCCUCCGCAAUCUGCCCAAGCAUGUCUGGACAUCGACCACCGAGGUCGAGGGCGAGCGCCCCGCCGAUGUCGUGGUGCGCCAGGUCUGGGUGCAUGGCGACUACAUGAAUGCAAUUGCCCUGCCGGUGCUGCGCGAAGCUAUGCAUGUCCAGGAAGUGCUUAUCAACGGCGGGUUGGAUACGCGAGAGAGCGCUGCGUACGACGACCAGCACAUGCUCCAGCGCGAUGCUCCGGGCUGUCUUGUCGCACCCGCUGGAGAGAAGUGGGGUUGGCACUCGCCGCUGAUGUACUGGAACUGCUCGCUCGGCGCGCUGGAGAAAGACGACAACCUUCUCGAUACCAUUAACGCCCAUAAUCGCAUUCGCUCGGCACUCAAUGUCACCCUGCGCCCGAGCACCGUCUUUGCCGGCAAAUCCUUCUCAGCCACCAAACUUCGCGCCGCGGAUGCGUUGGUUAUCACGCUGUUCGACCAGACCAACUCGAGCUUGGGAGAUACUUGGGACUCACGGUCGCGCCUUCUGGCUGAAAAGCUGUCUCCAGACUGGUCCAUCUUCCCACCCGACGGCCAGGUCGGGCGAAGUCGACUCUACGAGUUCCGGUUCAAGCCGAUGACUUUGAACGACGACUUGUUCUUAGCAGCGUCCUACCUAGUGACCGCAGUUUAUGUCAUAUGGAGAAUGAUGCAGCUGCGAGCAGUCAAGAGUUGGUUUGGUCUGCUUGUAACCAUAUGUGCCAAGAUGUCCAUAUGCGUCAUCGCCAGUUUCACACUCUGUACCUAUCUUGGAAUUGAUUUAGCGCGAAUACCCCGCCCAUGGUUUCCUGGAGUUGUCUUUUGUUUUGGAUUGGGCAAUAUAUUUCGUUUGAUCAAUGUCGUCCUCGAGACACCCCCGGAGAUGCCCCCUCACCAGCGAAUCGGAAAUGCGCUUGGUGAAGUCGGUCACCUAUCCCUUGCUAUUGCUUUUCAGAAUUUGGCCCUCUUGUACAUUUGUUCCCGCCUAGUUUCACCCUGGGUAGCCGACUUUUGCGUCUUUGCUGCCGUCACUCUGGUGUUCGACCUUGUUUUCCACUUGACCUUCUUUGUCGCUGUUCUCAGCGUCGACGUGCAGAGAAUGGAACUCUCGGACUCACUGGACCGUGCCGAUCUCACUCAGAAUAACAAGAAGGGAGCAGAACGACAGUCUUGGCUUGGGGCGUUGUUGGAAGGUACCCUACCCCUCAGCACGCGCUUUGCUGGCACAGUCGCGAUCUGUUCCAUUAUUCUCGCUAUCAACUGGCACUUUUUCGAUAGUGAUGGCAAGCAAUUGUCCAUUGAUACGCUUCGCCAAAAUCUCACAAUCAGGAAACGGAGACGUACCCCUGACAGCACAUGGAGCCCACCACCAAUCAAUCAGGCUAGGACCCCCGCUGACUGGCUUAGGAUCCAAGAUCACAAUACUGCCCGGGAACUGUUUGGUUUCAUCAAGCCAGGUGCUUCGAGCUUCGUAGCUCGUAUCUACGACCCCAUCCUCGUGGUUGCGAAAGGGGCAUACGGGCGCGACCGACCUCAGCCGCCGCUGUCUUUCACCGAUGGAGUUCGCCACUUUGCGCAAGGACAUGCGUUUCCGGUAGCCUUGCUUGUCGUUACGUUUAUCGCGGCUGUAACAUUAUUCAUGAACUAUCUUCUCUGGACUGGACUUCCGAAAACUUCUGAAGAGACUGAAGAUGACGAAGUCACAUUGUCUAUCAAGACAUUGCCAACGCCGCAGAACCUCGACGUUGUGCAAUUGGCCUCUUGCUCGAGAGGACAUCUUGCUAGUAUAUCUCUCGACCGGAGUACCGCACUGUGGCUACAUGGCCGCGGGGGAUAUUUGCACACAACGCUGCAAACAGCAACGAUGAAGCCAAAGCUCUGGCCCAUAUAUGCUACGGCUAUGGACGAUGGUGGCAACAUCCUUGCGAUCUGUGCAGACACCGCAUCACGGUUCCUUCUGUUUCCCAAGAUCGAUAUUCGUGGACAGGCGCCCGUUUUGUUUACCUUUGCCUACCUCAAGACACGUUUAGAUGUCGAAAAGCUCUACCUUAUCAUCAUCACACCAGACGGACACCUGACCAGGCUCGAAGCACGCACAGGCAUCCACUAUACCAGGCGCAUAUCAAGCAGUCCCAUCGUCUGCACCACAACUUACACCUCACUCAAGGGCGACACCAGCGUUGUGUUCGUAACGAAGCCUGGCGAAGUCCACAUCCUGCCGCUUGUGGAGGAGUGCAAUAUGAUGUCCGAGGUAGUCGCCGGUCUCGACCCCGGGCCACCUCCAGGCAGCAAUCCCGCAAAGAUCCGAUGCAUAGAGGCUGUUCCCAGUCUAGGCCUUAUUUUCGCACUCCGCGACGAGGAAGCUGAGAUAUUCGACUUCACGAGCCGAGCGCUCGUACACUCUUUCCAGAUCGGUCACGUCAAGCCGCACUCCUUCAGGGUCUUGUAUCCUAUGCGACGAACAUGUCAAUGUGGAGCUCCAACAGUGAACUCACUUGCUGUCGCAUACACAGAGCAGGACACAGACCACAUGAUCAUGCAGAGCUUCUCCCUCGACGACAACACGUCGUCACAAAUAUGUCUCGGAAAACCGCUGGACAGAGAGAAGCACAGAUGCCGGGGGCUUGAUCAUGCGAAGGAGGCAGUGUAUUAUGUCGAGCCUGUCGGAGCCUGGGAGGCGACAGAUGCGCUCAGUGUCGUGGGGGUCAGGAGGUGUUUACAAUCACCUACGCCAUCAUCCACGACUUCAGGCACGGAUGAAUCUAGUCAAAGCGUGGAUCCCGUGGCGCUCGCGUCGGCGCUCAAGCAGCGAGCUCAAAACCAAGGCAGUCCGAAGGCCACCAAAUCCUUAAGGGGGGUCUUUGCAAAGGGCAGUCGAAGAGGCUUCGUUGGCGACACCGACACAUGGGAGGCCUGGACACUCUCAAGCACAGGCGAGUUUCGCUCACGACCACUCGUUCCGGAUAACCUUGACGGCACCACAGUGGUCCCUUAUGAAGACGAGCUUUUUGUAACAGAUCCUGGCCCGAUGACUAGACUAGGGAAGCGAAGCGUAGUCGUCGGCUUUGGCAACACUGUGAAGGUUAUCACUUUGGGUAAAGAAUCGUUCGAUGGCUUGACAAACCUCCAGAGUAACGCAAUGGAUAUUGGCCUUGGGUCGUACAAGUGGAGGGCCCGCAGAGGUACUGGCAGGAAAGUACAGUGAGUAUUUGCAUAUGUUUGGCGUAACGGUACAGGUGGGCUCGGGCUCUGGGUGGUGGGUGUGAUCUACGUGCAACUUCAGCUCUGGUGUUAGACUACGGAUAUACCCUAUGCGCAGUAAGCGCGGCGUUUUCAGUGAGGCUCUUCCGGCCUUGGCCUCCGUGGGGAAAUUAGCAAUGUACUAUAUGAUUGAUCAUUCGCAGCG